AUGGCCACCCCCGACGACACGGCUCCCCGCACGGCCACCCUCGACCUCCCGCUCACUGCAUCUCGCGACGUCUCGAUCCUCCUCCUCCUCGCCGACAAGCCCAUCCCGGCCGUCGUCGCCCAGUUCGGCACCUACCACGACAUCUUCACCGGCCUCUUUCGACGAGGCAUUCGCCUUGCCGCGACCGAGCACGGCGCCCAGCCGGGCACCGAGGGCAGCGGGCACAAGCUCACGAUCGACAGCUUCAACGUCGUCGAGGGCCACUUCCCGAGCGACGACCAGCUCAGCAAGGCCGACGGCAUGCUCAUUUCUGGCAGCGCCGCAUCGGCGCACGAGGACGAGUCCUGGAUCCUCGACCUCAUGUCGUUCAUCAAGGCGCUGCCGUCCAAGAACGCGUCGCUCAAGCUCCUCGGCAUCUGCUUCGGGCACCAGGUCAUUGCGCGCGCGUACGGCGGCACGUGCGAGCGCAGCCCCAAGGGCUGGGAGAUCGGGACGAGGAGGAUCGAGAUGACGCAGCGCGGCAAGCAGCUGUUCGAGGGCAACGAGAAGAUUAAGAUCCACCAGAUGCACCGGGAUCACGUCCCGACUGUGCCCGAGGGCUUUGACCUCCUCGGGUCGUCGUCCGGGUGCGACGUGCACGGCAUGGUGCGCUUUGUCGAGGACGAGGGCGCGCCGCACACGGUCGAGAACGUGUCGAUCCUGACGCUGCAAGGACAUCCCGAGUUCAACAGCACGAUUGUGAACGAGGUCAUCGACAUGCGCGAGGCCAAGGGGGUCAUCUCGCACGAGCUGGCCGAGGAGAGUCGAGAGUACGCGGGCGAGCACGACGACGGCGACUGGAUCGGGCGCAUGUUUCUGCGCAUGUUUGGCGUGUAGAGUCAAGGGAGCGUGUCGCAUGGAACAGAGGAGCGCGAGUGAAAAGCCCGAGUUGUCCGCG